GUAAAUUGUAUGAGGAUUUAAAUUGAUGGUACAAUGUUUAUUGUUUAGUACUAUGGGAUUUCCUUCAAGCAGUUCUUUGAAAUAAACUAAAUUUAACUUAAAAACAAAAACCGAUGGAAAAAUUACCACAAUUUGUGAAGUAAAAUUCAAAAUGAGCGCUCCGUCCCCUCUCACCGUAUUGACAUAUUUACUUCCUUGUGUACAAUGAAUAAACGUCAAAAUGUUAUUUAGAAAACGGCAAAUACAAUUUAUUGACUAAAAUCGUCAUGAACAGUCCAGUGAAAUGGAUUCGUCAUAUGAGCUUGUCAUGCAAGCUAUCUAUGACAACAACAUUCAGCUAAUAUAUUGCAUGAAUAGAGGCAUUAACGUGAACAAGAUAUGUUCGAACGGCAUGACCCUUAUUGGUGCGGCAGCACAGACGGGCAACCUCACGGUCCUGAAGUCGUUGAUUGAUUACCACAAUUGUGUGUCAGUGGAGUUGGACAUCAGGAAUGAGAACAAGUGCACCAAUCCCUUGUACCUGCAGCUCGAUUCGGAGCCGCAGAAACGGAGCAACGUGGGGUACUUUGUGGUCUGUAGGGACAUUGAGGAGGCCGAGUUUGGUGAUGGGCCCACACCAGAUGGGAUGGAGGCUCUUGAAUGGGACAUGGAAGUUAAUUCUGCAGAGGAGGAGAGCGCAGAGGAUGGCGAAGUGAACCUGUACCGAUGGUACGCCAACAUCUUAAACCGUACGUCAAUCAUCCUGGAAUCACCGGAGUACGACAUAGGACGCUUAGACCGUCACGGACAAAGUGUCCUGCAUUACGCCAUCAAUUCCGGCAACAUAGAAAUGGUGGAGUUUUUAAUUAACACCUUCAACAAAGACUUGCACGUCAAUUUGUCAGACGGAUGCGGGUUUACGCCGCUCCACAUGGCGUCAGCCAACGGUGAUUUGGAAAUGGUGCGGUGGCUGUUGAGGAAGGGAGCUUCCAUCAACAGUCUGGGAGGCAGGCUGAGGCAGACGCCUCUUCACGUCGCCACCCGGGCCAACCACGUGGCUGUCAUGAAACUCCUCAUUGAAACGGGUGCGGACGUGAAUAUUGUGGACGUAGACGAACGUUCAGCCUUGACGUCUGCGGCGAAGAAUGGCGUAGCCGAAGGCGUCCGAAUGCUGGUUAAGGCGGGAGCUCGUGUUAACCACGAAGAGAUGGAGGGGGUGACCGCCCUGCAGUACGGGGUCUGGACGGACGUGGCGGAGGUUGUAAAAAUACUGGUGGAGAACGGGGCAAGAAUCGUACAAUCGCACAAUUUAUUACACAUUGCUGUCUCCAACAACAACUUCGACUGCGUGAGGGCCUUGGUGAAGGGCGGGGCUUUGGUCAACUUUCGGGACGACCGAGGCAUCACCCCCCUCAUGUUUGCCUGUUCCAGAAAACACAUUGAUAUGGCCAGAUUCCUGAUAAGCCUGGGGGCAGACGUGAACACGACCAGUCACAUAGACGGCAAGACCGCCCUGCACGUGUGCGUGCAGGACGUCCGCGAGGCAAAGAGCGUGAACGCCCUCAUCGAGCUGCUGAUCGAACACGGGGCCGACAUGAACGCCACCAGUUACCAGGGCACUGUGCUGUUCUAUUCGAUCAUCGUGGAGAAUCGUUGUGCUUCCCUAGCCCUCGUGAGGCACGGGGCGGACGUUCAUCUUCGUGACGAACGUGCCUACGUGGACAAUCUGAGCCUGGCCAAACGACACGGUAAUUUGGAGCUGGUGAAAAUGUUGGUCUUCGGCGGUUUUCGCAUUAGGGAGAUGUGCGUCAGUCUGGAUAAAUUAAGGACUAAUCCCAAUGAUCCAUCGUACGAUUUUCUCGUUUCAGUGAAGAAGAAUCCAUUGAACCUGAGGGAGAUCUGUAGGAUCGCCAUACGGAACAAAAUAGGGCCUAAGUCACUUGUCAAGAAGAUAAUGACUCUUCCCUUACCCACUUACAUUCAGCAGUACUUGGCUCUAGAUAUACUUUGAAACGCUUAGUAUUUAUCGCUGAGAACAGAGACUGGAAUGGUCGAAAAUGAAUGCACGUAUAGCGUUGACACUUGAAUAUUAAUUGAUUAAUGGGCAGAUUUGUAUGCAGAGUCAUUUUAAUGAUAUUAAAUUUCUACACAAAGUAAUAAUCACAAAACAGAAAAUUUACUUCCAAAAUUUAUUAGUUAAUAAUUUCACAAUUUUGUACGAAGUAUUUUCACAAUUUUCUUGAGUAAUUCACAUUAAAACAAUAAUGAUUAAGUAAUAAUUCUCUGAUAUAAAGCUGCUUUUUUAUCAUUGGCUUGUUAUUUUUAAGUGCCUGUCUUAAUGAAGAAAGGGCACAGUGAUUGGUCCAAAUCAAUUAUUAAUUAAACUACUUUUAAAUAAUUUUCCUAGUAUGAUGUAUUUGUUUGUGAAAAAUUCCAAAUUUGUAGCAUAUGUGUUAUGCAACAGCAGUGAUAUGCUUUUUAUAAGCACAAAACAAAACAUGUAUUCGGCUGGUCCGAACAUUAAUAUUACUAAAUAUAUAAACCCCCGGAAUUAUGAAGCUUUUCACGGACAGUUGACGGUCUUUGUUUGGUAUAAGAUGAAACUACAUAUAUGUUAAAAUAUAUCCUGAAACCAACCACAAUAUUCAUUCUACAAUCACAUAUUACCAAAAAAAAAGUAUUACGUUGUAUAACAUUGUAUUUAGGUGGACAUGUAUUAAGUAUUUAUCCAAAAAUAGUAUUUUCCAGACAUGUAUGUGGUAAAAAAGGUCGAUUUUUAUUCAGAAAAUAGAAAAUUCUAGUAAUCGUUCAUUCCUAAGUGUGUUGUUGGUUUAGAUGUGUACUUGAAGGUGUUAGACAACACAACAUAACGCCCUGUAUCACUUUUAUAACUAUAUCAUGGUAUAGUUCACAAUUAAAUAGUUUUUACUUGGCAUGACGUUGAGUUGCCUAAUGCCAAUCUUGUAUUAAUAGAAGAGGCGUACAAAAUACCAGUGAUCUCAACAUUCGUAUUAGAUAUUUGUAUUAUUCUAGUCAAUAUAGUCUGUUUUGCGCGUAUACACAGUCAGGGGAAACUUUUUAGAAUUAAAACUCGUAGAAUCUUUUUAUUUUUAAAUAUGUGAUAUUUUAUUUUAUAAUAAAGAGGUAUUACAUUUUUCCAA